UCUCUCUCUCUCUCUCUCUCUCUCUCCCUGCCUGCCAUUCUUCCCUUUUUCCUCCCAAAUUGGUUUCUUCUGCUUCAGGCAGAUAGCGCCGGCAGUGGUGGCAACAAAACUAGAUUCGGGAGCAGGCAGCUGCCGUAUCUCGAAGGACGCCAUCAAUGUGCGAGUUCCUGUGAAAUGGAUUGCGGUGAGACCGGUCCUUGAAUCGAUCCCGCUUUGGGGCAUGAUGAGGCCUGCAAUCGGUGCAAGGAGGGAAGGUGGAGGAGGUGGAAUGUGCUCCCUUCCUCCUGGUGAUUGGACCGCCAGCUCCAGCAGAUACCAGAGAGUGAUUCCGGAUGUGCUUCCCCUCGGUAAUGGAAGGAAACCCUGCCUGAGACCCUGCAAGGAACACGAUGCGGUUCUCGACUACACUUCCGAAGCAAAGCCAUCUCUACUGGCGCGAUCCGCGUCAGGAUCGGCCAAUCCCUCCCCACCACGAGACCAACCCUGCUCCUUCCCCUCGGAUUCGUCACCGGCGCGGUCCAGCGACCGGCCGCCCUCCUCCUCCACUGCUACGGCGGCGAAGGCUCAGAACCACCACUACCAUCGUGAGGUAAACGGGCUGAGCCCUGACGGAGGCGGCGACGUCCUGCUCCAGUGGGGGCACAACAAGAGGUCCCGCGGCUCGAGGGCGGAGGCGUCCCCCGCCGCCCACUCGAGGCAUAAAAUACAGCUGAGAUCGGCGGCCACGGUAAUGCCCCCUCCGUCCUGUGGCUCGUUUUCGAGGGGCGCCAACUACCGUCCUCUGAUCACCAGAGGCACCGAGGAUUCAUCGAGCGGCCUGACUCGUACUGAGAGGCGUUGCCCGGCAUCCCCACCGGAGAAGUCCCGUAAGGCUUCAGCCAAGGCCACCCUGAACGGCUGCACAGCAGCAGAUGUUUCUGCGAAUCCAGAACAGUCGAAGCGGGCACCGGACCGAGAAACGGGUGGCGGCGGCGGCACCAUGACGGCGGGUGAGAAGCUGAAUCUGGAUAAGUUCGAGUGGCCAAGGAUUUAUGUAUCCCUCUCCAGGAAGGAGAAAGAGGAUGACUUCCUUGCCAUGAAGGGGACUAAGCUACCGCACAGGCCCAAGAAGAGGGCCAAGAACAUCGAAAAAGCCCUCCAGUACUGUUUUCCAGGGAUGUGGCUUUCGGACUUGACAAGAGGGAGAUACGAAGUGAGGGAGAAGAAAAGUGUGAAGAAGAAGAGAGCUGGAUUGAAGGCAAUGGAGAGCUUAGAUAGUGAUUCAGAGUAAUUAAUGAUGAUGAUGGCUCAAAAUCUUCUUCUUUCUUCUCUUUUUGCUUGGGGGGUUGUAGUUUCAAUCCCUCCUUUUGGCAGUCGAUAGAGAACUUGUUAUCCUUGCUGUCUUAGCUCUUGUACACAUCUCCAGCAAAAAGAAGAAAAAAAAGGAGAAAAAAUUGUCUUAGUCAGUCAAAUGCUCUCCACUCUCUUCUUCAUGCAUGCUAUGGUAGAUCUUCAGUACAGCUUUCAUUUUAGCCCGAUGUGUGAUGUACGUAUUUGGUGAUGAUCCAAUCCGAGUCACAGAGGAUGUCUUCAACUCUAUUAUAAAUUCCCAUCUUCUAACCAUGGAAUUGAAUGUUUCGUACUUUUCCCGCA